CAGCUAACGUUAGCGAGUCAGAGAACGCGAACUCCUAUUUCAGUUUUAUUUCUUUUGUUGAAUUCGACGACGCAGCGUUUAUUUUUUUCGUUAAAGUCUGCGUACCAUGACCGAACAGUCAGCGCUACUCCUCCGAAAGCAACUGGCAGAGCUAAACAAGAAUCCAGUGGAAGGCUUUUCAGCUGGUCUGAUAGAUGAUGAAGACAUAUACAAAUGGGAAGUUGUCAUCAUAGGUCCACAAGAUACCCUGUUUGAAGGUGGCUUUUUCAAAGCAUAUUUGACUUUUCCUUAUGAUUAUCCACUACGGCCUCCCAAGAUGAAGUUCAUCACUGAAAUCUGGCACCCAAAUGUUGCAAAGAAUGGAGAUGUUUGUAUCUCAAUUCUUCAUGAGCCCGGAGAAGAUAAGUUUGGCUAUGAAAAACCAGAAGAACGCUGGCUUCCUAUCCAUACAGUAGAGACAAUCAUGAUUAGCGUUAUUUCUAUGCUGGCUGACCCCAACAGUGAUUCACCAGCUAAUGUGGAUGCUGCUAAAGAAUGGAGAGAGGACCCUAAUGGUGAAUUCAAGAGGAAGGUGGCUCGCUGUGUAAGAAAAAGUCAAGAGAUGGCAUUUGAUUAGGACUCAGAUUCAGUUGCUAAAUUCCAGGUCAAAGGAAAUGCCCUCACAGGAAAAUUUUCAGCAAAAGGCUUUUGCACCUCUUCUUUUGCCAGUCAAAGGAAUUGGUUGGUUCCAACCAUUUUUCUGUGAAAGGUUUUUUUUUUUUUUUUUCAGCAAGAUGAGCCAAUCUGAGAACUACCAGCGAAAUUUACUUAUUUCCUACCUGGAAUUGUAUAUUUAACUUUAUUUAUUUUGGAAAUAUUAUGAUGUAAGAUAUGUCACUACUGUAAAUUAACUUGCUUUUUUAUCUGCUGCUGAACAGUUUCUACUUUAUACCAGGUUUCUUAUGCAAUUUAGUGGACAUUAUUGUGUAAAACAAAUGAGAGCCAGUAAUCAUUAAAUCAUCACUUCUGCAUAUCUACCACCAUAUUAAUGUUGGCACUGCAAAGUCCUGUCAAAAGACUAAUUCUUUCUGUCACUAAAUCACUGCUGCCUUUUGAUGCCCUGAAUUCCUCAUCAAGGUUGUCCUCUGAAAGCUUUUGACACAAUUGUCGUUUGAAGGAAAAUGUUCAAGAUUUUAGAAGCCUUUUAUUGAGCACUAUUCAUGUCCACUGCAAGGACUUAUAAAAAUUUUUCAUGGUGUCAUAGUUUCCAGGUAAUGAAAUCACAGAAAGUUGAGUCAGUUCAUCUCUACACAAUGUUUAUUGGGAGAAAUGUUUCGUCACUCAUCUAAAUGACUUCAUCGGUCAGCUGACUGCAGGUAUCCCCAACCUUAUAAACAGCACAGUUGCGUACAACCGCAACCAGUGAUUGGUUUCAUAUGCAAAUUGCCAUGACCAUUAAUUAGAGUUACCAUGGCCAUGUGUACUAUUCAGAGGAUUGAGGAAUAGUUGCAAUCAUAAAAUCAUGUUUUCAUGGUAUUUUUUUAUCUAGCAUUGGCCAUCUAGUAUUUGUUAGUAAUUUAAUAAUAAUGACUGCUAUUACGAAAAUUUCAAUUACUCUCAAUCUUUCAAUUCCACCAAAAAUUCUGCAUAUAAUUGAAACGAUUUUAUUCAUUUUGAAUUGUAGUGCACACGCCAUUGACCUUGAACUAGCAUUGCUAAUGAGUGCGAAGGUUGGUGUCAAUUUCCCAGCUGUCUGCUGCAGUUUUUCAUAAAAAGCUCGUGAUAAGUCUUCAGUAGGAUAGAUGUUUGAAAUUCUCAAACCUCCCCUUUGUGCCCUAGCCCCAAUGGAUAACCAUGAUGUCUUUAAUCAAGUUGCUCGUCUUAUGUGUUCCCACAAUGAUGAAAUGAAAUUUGUUAACAACAGAACAUAGUCUGUAAAAAUUAGCAUAAACGGGGAUGAUUUUCCAGGUGUUUGCUGGCAUCUGAGUUUAGCUCAACUUAACAGUAUAAAACAUUUGAAGAGGUUAUGAGUUGUUUUUUGUUUUGUUUUGGGUUUUUUUGUGUUGUGUUACAUGGUUGAUAUAGGCACCUCAGUGCUUUUUUUUGUGGUGGUACAUUUGGCUUUCAAUCCAAAUGUGAGUAAAUUGUGAGAUGAUUCUCACUUUCACACAGAUUUUGAGGGCUACAUUUAGAAUAAUUAAUGAGAUCCUUUUCUCAAUAAACAUUCAGUUAUAAUUGGUGCAUCUUAUGGCAGUGUUUUAUCAUCUUAUUUUUUCACCCAGUGAAAUCAGGUUUUAAUUCGUCAGAGGCAUGCAGUUGAACUACAAUUCGAAAUGAUAAUUUUGAGUGAAAAUGGACAAAAUCUUGCCGCAUCGGUUUUAAUUUCAUAUAUUCUGUACAAUCGCAGUUUGAAUUUUGUGGGGACUGGACACAAGUUGCUUUUCCAGUGAGUCCAUGUUCACUGAUUGUUUUGCUGACUCUCAGAUCAUGAUUUUGUCCAUUUUGAAUUAGAAUACUGUCACAUCAGUGACUAACUGAUCUAUGACUGACAUUGAAUUACCAACUUGUGCAUGCAACCAGGUUUGCUGGAGUCGGUUAAAUUUAAAUGGCAUACCAUUGUUAAUACAUUGAGUGGAUGUGAUGUGUACAUUUAAUUUCAGUAGACCACUAAAAUGAUCACAUAACUGCAGUUGACAUUACCUUCUGACUUUUGUUUUCUAAAUCUACCGUGACCUCCUCUGACCGGUGUUCACUGUAUUUGCACAGACUUUGUGCAUAUGACAUGUCAUUAAGCAAUACGCUCUGAAAUCAGUGUCCUGACCAUCCAUCCUAGCCCCACUAUUUUUUUCCCCCCAUUUAUCUUAAUGCAAUGUAUAUUGGACAUGACGCUGAAUAAAGUGUGUAAA